UUUUGGACACAUCAUCGGGAGGACUGAUUCUCUGGAGAAGUCACCGACGCUAGGGAACGUCCAGGGAAAACGCGGAAGGGGCAGAGCGGCGGCCAGAUGGAGAGAGACCGUAACGACGCUAACGGAAGAACCAUCAGCGAGGUUCCGGGCUACGGCCAGAGACGGGACAUUCCGGAGAAAAUGUAUCCAUAGGAUCGCUAUGAAUCGGACGACUCGACGGCACUUGGCACCCAAGAAGGCCAAGAGAAGGGCAGCGGCGGAGGGCGGAAGCUCCAACGUCUUCUCCAUGUUUGACCAAACACAGAUCCAGGAGUUCAAGGAGGCCUUCACCGUAAUCGACCAGAACCGAGAUGGUAUCAUCGACAAAGAAGAUCUGAGGGACACCUUUGCUGCCAUGGGCCGUCUGAAUGUGAAGAACGAGGAGCUGGAAGACAUGAUGAAGGAGGCCAGCGGCCCCAUCAACUUCACAGUCUUCCUGACCAUGUUCGGAGAGAAGCUAAAAGGUGCCGACCCCGAGGACGUCAUCACCGGAGCCUUCAAAGUCCUGGACCCCGAAGGGAAGGGAUCCAUCAAGAAGCAGUUCCUGGAGGAGCUCCUCACUACCCAGUGCGACCGAUUCACCCAGGAGGAGAUCAAGAACAUGUGGGCAGCCUUCCCUCCCGAUGUGGGUGGCAACGUGGACUACAAGAACAUCUGCUACGUCAUCACUCACGGGGAUGCCAAGGACCAGGAGUAACGUCUCUUCGGGCCAACGGCCCCCCGGCCUGGGCUAAUCCGGCGGCUGAUUCCCUUCCCCACCCCACCCCCCAAAUAAAGAUGCGUCUCUCUGUUUCUUAUCUAC